AUGUCUGCAAUUACUGAUGAGCUUCUGCUUCCCGUAUGUGAAGAACAGGAAGAAUUUCAGGGAGACUACGAAGAAUAUGAAGAGGAACCUGAAAUUUAUUAUGAAAAGAAUUGUUUGGAAGGAUUGAAAGAUCAAACAGAUUGCAUUAGUGUCAUCAUGCAAUUUAUUUGCCCUUUCAAUUGUGCCACCCGGCUAGCAUUAGUGUGCAAAGAAUGGCUGUUAAUGAUCAAGCAACUAGAAUGUAAAAUUGAACUCAAAAGUUCCUAUCGCUCACAGGUUCAAUACCACAAAUUUUAUAAGAGCAAAUUCUUUAAUAAUGUAAUGGAGUUGAGUAUGCAAGGAACAGAUAGUGGAAUUGUCAACAAGACUAUUAAUUGCUCAAAGAAUUCAAAGUUGAAGAAAUUACAAGUGUAUAAUGCCAGGCCAAAAUCUGCUUUUUUCAUUGCAAAAAGUGGAAAUGUUUCUGGGUUGACUAGUUUGAAGUUUGCUGACUCAAGAAUUCUCAAUAUUGGAGCAAUUAGGAUUAUUGAGAGUGAAAAGUUUUCAAAUCUGAAGGAACUUUAUUUACCAAGAUGCAAAGUUGAUGCCAACUUUGCACGUCAUCUUGCCAAUACUCCACACAUGUCAAACUUGACUGAGCUCAAUUUGGAUGGAAAUAAUUUAAGAGCUGAAGGAGUUAAAUACCUUGCAAGCUCUCCUUUUCUUUCAAACCUUACUUGUUUAAACUUGAAAAGAAACAGAGUUGAAAAAGAAGGUGCAUCCUAUUUAGCCACGAGUCAAUAUUUAACUCAAUUGACAAAUCUUAAUUUGGAUGGAAAUAGUAUUGGAGAUGAAGGGCUGUCUUGUAUUUGUUCUAACAUGUUGAACUUAACUCACUUGAAUUUGUCUGGUAAUUUGAUUACAGACGAAGGAAUCAAAAUACUUUCAAAUAGUCCAAAUAUGAAAAAAUUGCAAGUUCUAUAUCUAUUAAACAAUAAUGGAAACAAGAACUUUAGAAUAAGACCAAUAUUGAAUACCUAUUCUGCCUCAUCUUCUUCCAUAAUAUCAAAUAGCCCUUAUUUAAAGAAUCUUGUCCAAUUAGAACACAAUUUUUGUGAUGAAGAAGAAUAA